CAAUAAGUUGAAGCAUGCAUUAUCUGUUCAACUGGUUUUAAUUGUUACCCGCACUAAAUUUAUUCGUUAAUCUAAUUAUACAUAAAAUUAUUAUAUUAUUCUAGUGUACCUAUAUUUUUUUAUUCUGUCAAAAACAAUUGUAUUUUAUACGUCUACACUAGCAAUUUUUUAAUCGUGCUAAAAUAUAACCAUUGUGCAGAUUUUUUUUCUAACUUUUCCCACGUUUCGAAGCUUUCUUAACGUACAAAAGAAUUGACCAUGAGUAGCGGCAAUUACUACAAUGCCCCGCAGCGGACCAUCCCAGAUUUGGUGGCCAGUCUGGCCUCCGAGAAUGCUAACAAGCAGCACCAUGGCCGGCACUACGGUGGCAACCACGGCAACCAGGGCUACAACGUUAAAUACUAUAACAAUUACCAGACACCGUACGUUCCGCAGAUGUAUGGCAAUUUUUACCAGAAGCAACGUUACGCGCCCUACCCGAACCGUAACCACGGUCACAAUCAACCGUUGCCUCCAUCGACCACAGCGUCAUCGUCGUCGUCGGCCUCCAAUCAGAGUAACCUGUUCCAGCAGUCUUCCUCGGCUAAUGUCAGCUACGGAAAUGCCAAUAAGUCACUGAACUCGUCGCUGAACAGUACCGGCUCGGACUCUGGCAAGAACUCGACCUUCUACAGUACCAGCAGUUCAAACACCAGCUCCGGUGCCAUCUCAAGCAACACAAGCCAGUGCAGCAACAGCAGCGCCAGUGGCGGAACCGGAAGUGGGCUGAACAGUUCGUACCAGCAGGGCAACGGGAUGGCUUCGACCGGCGGGGACCAGAAGGAGAUGGUCGUACUGCAGAUCGGGAAUCUCGACCCGUCCAUCGACGAGCACAAGAUGCACCAGUAUCUGCUGUGUCAGCUCAAGUCCAUCACGCCGGUCAUCUCGUUGGUCAUCGAAAGUCCUUCGCUGGCGAAGGUCAAGGUGCCCUCAACGCAGUUUGCCAAGUUGGUCGUUGCGAAUCUACACCGCAAGAAGAUUGGCCACAAGCGCAUGGUCGUGUCCUACAUCAAGGACCCCUCGUCGGCCGAAUCGUCAGCGCUGCGCUGCCAGGUGGCCGGUCUGCUCAAGGACGUGCCCUACUACAGCCUGCCGAUCAACAAGUUCCGUGAGCUGUUCCAAUCGCGCUUCAAGUCGUCGAUCAGCGUGCUGGACCUGUACCGCAUGCCGGACGUGUGCACGAUCACGCUGGACAAGAAUGAGGAGAAGUACAUCUGCCUGCAGCCGGACGUGAUCAACACACUGCAGAGCAAUCCGUUGGUCGAGUCGUCGCAGCACAGCGUUCCGUACUGCAUCUACCACUUCAAGCAGGAAAAGGAGAAGGGCUGGGCCGAACAGGAGAUCGAACCGCUGCCCAACGUGAUGAUGAGCAUCAGUCAGCUGCAGUCGUUGAUCUACUCGCUGCUCAAAACCCACAAGGACGACAUUCCGGUGGCCAGUAUCCUGUACUGCGUGGCAAACGAGCUGCAGAUUAAGAUCGUUCCGAACGAUAACGGAGUUCCGCUGGAGCACCUGCUGUGCUGCAUCCGCGGUGUGCAGAUCACCAACAAUAACUUUGGGAUCAAGGUUAUGACCUGGUUGGAUCACGAGCUCAACUCGACCAAGGAUAAUGAUGAUGCCUCAUCGGUGAACUUGCGCUACAUGCCCAAGGGCCCGAACAGCGACUUCCUGCAGCAGAUCUCGCGCGAGGUGGUCGAACUGAUCAAGAUGUCACCCAAGUCGACGAUGAAGUUCACGCGCUUCAUUCCGGCCUAUCACAAUCACUUUGGUAAGCAGUGUCGGGUCGCCGACUACGGCUACACCCGCCUGAUCGAGCUGUUUGAGGCACUCGCGCCGGUGGUCCAGGUCAUGGGUGAUGGUGAAAAUCGCCAGAUUACGCUGACUCAUCGGACCCAGAUUCGUCGAUUCACAAGCGACCUGCUGAAGAUUUUGCGCGGCCAGGCAAACAAGUCGAUUCUGUUGUCCCAGCUGCCACUCAUCUUCUCGCAGGCCCAAAACCGACUGUUUGACGUGACGGACUAUGGUGUGUGCGACAUUUUUGACAUCAUUGACGGGCUGGUGUACAACAACUCGAUCGUCACGAAGGUGUACAAUGAUACGGACGUGUUGAUUUCGAUCGUCAAACGGAAGCAAACUGCGACUGAGCUGGAGAAGACGUGCAUAUUCGCGGGCGAGGUCGUUGAGCUGUUCAAGAAUGCGCCCCAGUACUCGAUCCUGUUCAAGAAGUUUGUCCGAUCGUACCAUUAUCACUUUGGGUACCAGUGCCGGCUGAGUGACUAUGGAUUGAUGAAGUUGGCCGAUCUGCUGGAGGCCAUCUCGGGGAUCGUUGAGAUGGAGCAAACCAACGAUGAGGAUCGUAAAAUCUUCCUCAACCACAAGGUGGCGGUGCGCAUCUUUGCCGAGCAGAUCCAGGACAUCAUCAAGCACUUCACCGGAAACAGCAUUUCGAUGAUUCGGCUGAGCGAGAUUCUGAACUUCCACAAGAACAAGUUUGGCUAUCAGCUGCAACCGUGCUGUCUGGGCUUCUCCAACAUGUUGGACGCGAUAAAGGCGCUACCGUACAUCGAACUGUUUGACUCGGGCAACGAUUUUAUGGUCAUUUCGCACAUGGAGAAUCCCGUGUUCCGGAUGCGGUGCUACGCCGCGUGCAUUUGCGUCUUGGAAUCGCAAAAGGAUCGUAUACCGCUGACGGACUUUCUCCGCUGCUACCUGGCCAAGUUCAAGGAGAACAUUACCGAGAAGCAGAUUUUCGACAUGAAGCACGCCAUAACGAUUGAGCUCGAUAAGGGAACUCAAACUGUGGCGAUGACACCACUGAUGAGAUUCGUCGUUCGCAUCGUACAGGUGCUCAAGCAGCGAAGUCCGAUCAGUUUGUUCGAUUUGAAGAGUACGCUCAAGAUGUCGCUAUGCACGUGUUUCGAGUAUGGAUAUCCCAACAUUUCCUCACUAAUCGGCGCUUUUCCGGACAUUUUCGUCAGCAACAAUUACCUCCACGAGCGGGCCGAUAUUGAGCUGAACCGUGACUGCAUUUUGUGCAAAGCUUGCUUCACGUGCGAGGACAAAACAUCCCCCACGCUCGGUCCGGGUGCCAUCGCUGGCAAUUGUUCCACCCCCGCGAGCUCCAAGAUGGCCACCUCCGCUGCUGCCGGAGGAGCCAUUGACGAAAAUAAAUUUUCCCACGUUUCGAUGACUAAUGAUUUUAGGAAUUUAUUCUACAGCCGACAGGAAGCAGUUGCUCAGCAUAAUUUGCUGCAACAGCAACAGCAGCAGCUCCUGAAGCCUCUUCAACCGUUGCAACCGUCGCAACAGAUGAACCUCCAACCGACGUCCAAUGCUUCGGGCCAGGUUCCGUUUUUCGCCAACAAUCGCUUCAACUAUGGCAACAACUACAACACCAUGGUGGCUUCAUCAGUGUCGGCCACCGAAACCACCAUGGCCGCUUACAACCAACCGCCGUUGGUCCUGAAGAACCAAACCGCCAACAAGGAGAACCUGUACUACGGUUACGGCGCAAUGCAACAGCAGCAGCAGCAACAGCUCCAACAGUGCCAACAGUUGCAACAACAGCAGCAGCAGCAACUUGCCCAAAACACCCAGGUCAAGUUUGCCUCAACCGCUGGCACGAACUCUUACGGAUCGGCACCGACCACCAUCAGCGUUGCCGCGAUGACCGCAGCUCUUGGGACCGGAACACCCGCCGCCUCCGCCUCUGCGUCAACCAACGCUGGGCAGCAGGACCAGGCUGCUGGCCAGACCACGGCUUCUGCGACCAUGACCAAACUGUACGAGCGCAGACAGCAACAGCAGCAGCAGCAACUUGCGUCGGGCUUACAAUACCUCAAUUGUAACAGCUUCGCGUACGAACUGUUGUCGGAGUUUUACGAGCCACCGAAGCCGGACACGCCACCGGCCAGGAAUAUCCCAUACUGGAUUGAUCCAAUCUGGACCAGCGAGUCGACCCCGGCCGAAAAGGAACCAACGACGGCUUCUUCGGAGGAACUCCUCAACAUUCCGAUGCCGGAGCUGAAGACGUACAACAAGCUGCCGAUCAUACUGACCCCGUAUGUCCUGUCACUGACGAAGAACUCGUCCUUUUCCUUCGAUCUUGAUAAGUCUAAGCAGAUUUAAAUUAGGAAUCGAGAUGUUCCUCACACCCACACACACACAACCCUCUCUCUCUCCUGCGUCUGGAUCUAUUCGCAACGUACGAAAAGGAAAAAGGACAUCACGGAACACAAGGACAGGACACUUUCUCCCUCUCCCCCGUUUCAAGUGCUUAUCUUGAUCAAUCAACUUCACAUCACUGUGACCGUUUGUUUUCUUAUUGAUGUUAACUCUCAGGAUCUUGUUUUCUACUCUCUUUUUUUUAUUUGACACGUUGAACGUUCUUUACUGUAGUUUGUUAAGUGCCGUGUGUAGGAGUUUAUUAUGAGUAUAUUGUACGGAUGCUUUCGCCCGCGCCGUUUAGAUAGGGUAUUUAAUUGAUGAUAUGAUUAUUAGUUUUAUAAAAUAUUCAAACAAAAAAAAAUUAAAAGAAAAACAAUGCUAAGGAUUGUGAGCCAAACCAUAA